AUGUUCCUGAUCUUCACCAACCAGAUGGCCAUUGGGCGUGGGAAGCUGCCGGCAGAGGAGUUCAAGGCUAAAGUGGAGGCCGUGGUGGAGAAACUGGGGCUCCCCUUUCAGGUGCUGGUGGCCACGCACGCGGGCUUGUACCGGAAGCUGGUGGUCAGCAUGUGGGACCAUCUGCAGGAGCAGGCCAACGAGGGUAUGCCCAUCUCCAUCAGGGACAGUGUCUUCAUGGGAGAUGCAGCUGGGCGCCCAGCCAACUGGGCCCCUGGGUGGAAGAAGAAAGACUUCUCUUGCGCAGACCGUCUGUUUGCACUCAACCUUGGCCUGCCCUUCGCCACACCGGAGGAGUUCUUUCUGAAGUGGCCCGAGGCCAGCUUUGUGCUCCUGACCUUUGACCCGAGAACCAUCUCCCCCUCGGUGCUCUACCUCCCUAAGUCCAGCUCCCUCUUGAGCUCUGACCCCGAAGUGGCAGUCGCCGUGGGAUUUCCUGGGGCUGGCAAGUCCACCUUCCUUCAGGAGCACCUCGUGUCUGCGGGCUACGUCCACGUGAACAGGGACAUGCUGGGCUCGUGGCAGCGCUGUGUGACCAUGUGUGAGAACGCUCUAAAGCAAAGGAAACGGGUUGUGAUUGACAACACCAACCCAGACCCUCCGAGCCAGGCCAGGUACAUUAAGUGUGCCCGAGACGCAGGGGUCCCCUGCCGCUGCUUCCUCUUCACCGCCACCCUGGAGCAGGCUCGCCACAACAACGGGUUCCGAGAGCUGACGGGCUCCUCCCACGCCCCCGUGUCAGAUGUGGUCAUGUACGGCUACAGAAAGCAGUUCGAGGCUCCGACCCUGACGGAAGGAUUCUCGGCAAUCCUGGAGAUCCCGCUCGGGCUGAAUGUGGAGCCCACGCUGGAGCGCCUGUACUCCCAGUUCUUGGAGGUCUAA